AUGUCAAUUCCAGUAUCAGCGGCGGAAUUCGCGCCCACAUCCGUCGAAGAGAAAGCUAUCAAGUACGUUUACUUCCAUUCCGGAUCGGAUGCCACAUAUCGUAAAGUAGCCGAGACACCCAGGGGCUUCACGUCCAUUCCCAUAAUUGAUGUGAGCAACAUCGACGGUUCCUUGGCCGAUAGGAAAACCAUUGCUGCAGACAUUCGCAGUGCAUGUGAGAGUUGUGGGUUCUUUUAUAUCGAAAACCAUACGAUUCCACAGGAAAGUGUUGAUGAAGUUUUCGCUCUGCUCAAGCGCUUUUUUGCGCUUGAUCUUGAGGUGAAGAUGAGCGCGCAUGUGCACAAAAACCCUGCUAUUCGAGGCUACGAGCCUAUGCUUGAAACUCGGCUUGAUCCACGGACACGAGGUGAUAUCAAAGAAGCCUUCACCAUGGGCGACUGCUAUUUAGAGCCCGAGCAAGCAUACACAGCCAAAACUGGCCGACAGCCUCCAGAAUACGUUACCAGGCCGCAGAACAUUUGGCCUCAAGAUACGCCAUGGUGGCGUGAGGGCUUGUACAAGUACUAUAAGCAAGUUUUACCACUGGCCAUGAAGCUCGUGGGGAUCCUGGCCAUCGCAUUUGAUCUCGAUGAACAUGCUUUCGAUGAAAAGUUCCAGUUCCCCAUUACAGGGAUGCGUCCGGUUACACUAUCCUCCCACACCUACAGGGAAACAUGA